AUAAUUUGACAUUUAAUAGGCUUUUCCUUAAUCCCUCUUAUUAUCCCACAUUUUCGCUUAUCCAACGUUCUGCUGGCCUGUUUUAUGUUGGAUAAGUGAGACACUACAGUAUUUCCCAGGCAAGGAGACUUUGGGCCCUUCCACACAGUCAUAUAACCCAGAAUAUCAAGCCAGAAUAACUCAUAAUAUCUGCUUUAACUGGAAUAUCUGAGUCUACACUGCCAUAUAACCCAGUUCAAAAUGCCUAAUGUGGGAUUUUAUUCAACUGUGUGGAAGGUGUCUGUCUGUCUCUCCUGUAAACACCCAAAACCAAACUCGGUUUCCCAGAAGACUUGGCGCGAACGAGUAUGCAAACGAGACAGGUGCCCUAGAAGCCUGCGCGCCAAACCGGCUCCGUGCGCAUGCGCUUUGAGUUCUUGGUCACGUUCGGCAAUAUACUGAGUGCGCCGUGUUAGCAGCACUGUCCUCCGUUGAGGGGAAAAACAAUUGAGUUUCCCGGCCUCUUUCUUAACCUGGCUGUUUGUUUACCUCAGAGAAGCUGCCAUGAGCCAAAGCCCCGCCGCUGAGGGAUCUGGCGAAGGACUGGGAGGCGAGGACGUAGCAGCCAAAGCCCUGGAAGGCCCCGGUUGCUCCAAGGCGAGGUCCCGCUUCGAAGGGGGAAGCCUCUCCGAGUCCAGCGGGGAGGGAAACGGAGACAUGGAGGAGGAGGAAGAGGAAGGAGGAGAAGAAGAAGAGAUGGAGGAAGGAGGGGGCCCAGAACAAGGUCCCUUUGGGGCUUCGGGGACAGAAGACGAAGCGAAUGCGGAUGAGCGCAUGAUUAACCUCUCUGAACUGACACCAUAUAUCAUGUGUUCCAUCUGCAAGGGGUACUUUAUAGAUGCCACAACCAUCACAGAGUGCCUUCAUACAUUCUGUAAAAGCUGCCUAGUUAGACAUUUUUACUACAGUAACAGAUGUCCAAAAUGCAACAUUGUAGUACAUCAGACACAGCCUCUUUAUAAUAUCAGGCUGGAUCGACAGUUGCAAGAUAUAGUAUAUAAAUUAGUUCUCAACUUGGAAAAAAGAGAGAAAAAACAAAUGCAUGAUUUCUACAGAGAGAGAGGUCUAGAAAUUCCAAAACCUGCCGUACCAAUACCAGUUGCUGCAGGCAGAGGAAGACCCCGCAAAGUUCUAGGCUCAAUGUUCCGAAUUCCCCCAGAACUUGACACAUCACUACUCCUAGAAUUUAUUGGAGGUAAUGAUCUCUCUGGGAAUUUUAAGCCCCUCGAGAAGAAGUUUAUACGUGUUUCAGGAGAUGCAACAGUUGGCCAUGUGAAGAAAUUCCUCUGCAGAAAGAUGGAUCUUGAUCCUGGCUGUCAGGUAGACAUAAUAUGUGGUGAUCACCUGCUAGAAAACUAUCAGACUCUAAGGGAAAUCCGACAAGCUCUAGGAGAGAGUGCAGUCCAGGAUGGUUUACUUGUGCUUCACUAUGGCCUGAUUUGCAGAGAUUCCACAUUUUAGAGGAAUUCUUAAACAUCAGUUAAAGCAGCCUGAAUGAAGAAGCAUCCUUAAUCUGAAGAGAAAGCCUGGAGAAAGCCAUUUUAUUAGAAGAAAUUAAAGAAAUGCUUUGCUGUUUGCUCUGCAUAGUAAAGUAGCAUGUGACAAACCCAGGAGGAAAAAGAAAUGCUGUUCCUUUGAGUACAGGCAGCUAUGAAUACUUCAGUGCUCUUAUGCUUUCAAACGUGCAGGAAGCUCAGGGAGAAGGAAAUCUUUUGAGUUAUCAAUUUUAAAUGCUGUCUUGUUUGUUUAUCAUUUAUAACAUACUUUCAGGACUUGAGCUAGAGACAAAUAUUUAUCCAAAAUACCCUAACUAUACAGUUGUGUGGUUUUCUCAGGGAUUAUGUCAGUGUAUUACUGGAAAAUAUGUAUACAUAUAUAUAUAUUUAUAUAUAUGAUUGUAUACUAGUGGACUUGACUUAGAAAUAGUAGAGGCAGUCUUUCAAAUACAUCUCCUGGACCAGAUGGAGCAUAACCACCUUUUUAAAAAAAUUGCAAUCAUUCUAUCUUGUUUAUGUAAGAAAUAGCUUUCAAACAUGCAAUAUCCUGUUAAAUUAAUUAAAUUGUAUUUGAAGAAAUGAUAAUUAUUCAACAGAUGGUUAACUAUACAACAGAUUGACAUUGUUGUUUACCCAGUGUAAAAGUGAUAACUCUUCUGUGGCUUCUGCAGAAGCUAUUAAGCGCCUAAUUAUAUUCUUAUUGAAAUCAGUAGUCAGAUUUUAUUCUGAGAGACUCCCAUCAGAUGACAUUGUGUGUUUAGAUAGUUUCACAUUUUUUUCUUAGUACCCUUCUCCUUCCUUCCAUACUCUUCAUUCUGAGAGUCCUCAAAAUGCUUGCACUUACUCCUCACAGGCUCUGCCAUCUUCCCUUCUUAUCGAUAUUCAGCAACACUCUGCUUAUUCAUUCCAAUAACUGAAAUUUUGGAUCCUUAAUGUCUCCUUAUAGAAUCCAGAAUCACCUUAAAUUAUAAACAUUUCAGACAAUGUCUGGUGCUCCCCAUCCCAUAGUUACACUGGGUAUGUAAACAGCAAGGCUGUGCUAGUCCCAACACAGUGAGGGAAUUAGUUAUUAGCAUUUUCUAGAACAGAGGCAUAGCAGUGACCUUAUUGCAGGGAUUUUAUAGAACUUUUCAUAUAAAUAGCUUAAUCAAUUAUCACAGACAAUAAUUUUGCAUCUUAUUCUGUUUAAUUGCUAGGCAAAAGACACAUUUUGUGAUACAACUUCUGUUUACUGUCAGAGAUGUUUCUGACCUUAGAAUCCUUCAGUGUACAAUUGUUAUUCUAUGGUCUUAAGGACACUCAAAUUGCACAUUUAUGGUUUCCAAAAUGCUUGCUUUUAAACUAUGCUAUUUGCUUGUGAAACUAAUUUUAUAAAAUCAAUUGCGGCAAUGCAUUUUUAUCUGUGUGAAUAUUUCUAAAUAUUUAUUUUAUAUUCAGAACCAGAGUUUUUCAUGAUUUCUAUCAAAGUAAUAAAGAGAAGGGGAAUUAAA